GAGCGGGGCAUUCUGCAGAGAAUCCCAUCAGAUUCACACCCUUGAAUGGUGAAUGCCAACUUUUUCCUGAUGCUAACCACGAUCUGUUCUAGCGUCUGAUCCCCCACUAGGGACGACCUGCACGACGCCGUAGAAGGAUAUUCCUCGGCAUUAAACCCGUUCAGCGGUGACGUUUGGAAACUAAUCUUAUCGACAUGAACACAAAUCCUUUUCAGAGCGCAUUCGGGAGCCAAGGCAGCAGUGGAAGCGCAUUCACCGCUACUACCAACCAUGUCAACACUAAUAGCAGUAAUCCAAGCGGAGUCAGCGGCAACAGCGCAUUCAGAAUCACAUCUGCGUUCGGUAGCAAUCAAAACGGUGGCGGAUUCAGUGACGGUGGUAGAUAUAGCGCGAACGAAAAUAGGCAGAACAACAGCAGUUAUAACCAGGCCGCUACGUUUGAUAGAUCCGGAAACUUGAUGGCUAAUACACACUCGACACGGGGAAGUGGAGGCGGUCGUGGCAGUAACAGCUAUCGCGGCAGUGGAUUUGGUGGUAACAGUGGUCGUGGUGCCUCCACAAGUCAUCGAGGGAGCGCCAACAAGACGUAUGUGGCUCCUGGGUUGUCGACAGGUCAUCAGCAGCUCCAACAGCAUGGGCUCUCUGCAGGAUCAGGGAAUACAAAUGCUACAGGAUCUUCAUUCACAUCACCAUCCGCAGGAGCUAAAACAGGACGUGGACGUGGAGGAUAUCAAUCACGGGGUGGCCGAGGGGGAGCUCGAGGCCGUGGGGUUACUGGAGGUAUGCCCGGACAAUAUCGGUCGCUACAGUGGCGUGCUGAUCAGAAUACUUCCCAAGAAGCAGAUUCUACCAUGUCGGUAGACUCGAGCAUGGGUGUCACCACGGCAGGAGGAUUUAAAUCCGGACCCAAUGCUAGUAGCCAAGUGCGCGGACAACAACAGCAGCAUUCUUCGUCGAUGUCCGCAUUUGGCGCUCAAAGACAGAACGAGAACUCGGAUUUUAACCAGACUGGGCCGGCCUUUCCUGGUGGCCAAUCAUCACAGGGUCAAUGGUUCUCACAGGUCGGAACAACAGGAUACCAGCCAAACGGAUCUUUUCAAAAUACAUUUGUAGGGGGAACCUCGACAGUACCGCAUAGGUCCGCCUUUAUUGCUGCUCCAAGUGACACUUCCAAUCAGAGAUCGUCAUCAGCAUUCGGACUCGGAGGACCUGGUGGCAAUUCGAAUAGCGGCAACCAAGACUCUGUAUUUGCAAUUCCAGCUUCUCAAGGACCGGUUUUCGCUGCACAGCAAAAGUCGCUGCCUUCCAAUUCGUUUACAAAGGGUCCAGCAUCAUCGAAGCAGGAGCCGGGAAGCACCGAGGAUGCGGACGAAAGCCGACUAGCUCGAUUUACUGCCGUGCCGAUCGGAAAUCGGUUUGAGGAGGUUCGUAAAUACGCUUUAUCUUUUAUUUUUUUUAUUUUUAUUUUUUGCCUACUGUUGUCUGACUUUUGUUUCCUGAUGUUGUCUGGUUACCUUGGAGAUUACUCGAUGAUCGUUUUGAGUUUUUUUUUCUUCUCCUUUAUUGAUUCCUUUUUAAAAUGUCCCAUUUUGGCAUGGCUGAACCGGAUGCGAUGUUAUCGACCGAUACCGUUUCACUCAUGGUCGAUUGUCGAUUGGGACGCUUCUCAUGUUCGGGAUGAUAUUCAACGCCCACCUUUUCAUUUCGUUUGUUUCUGGACUCGCCACUCGGAGCAUAUAACUUAACGGGUGCGGAUCGCUGACAACAACAAUCGUUCUUUCUCUACUUGCACUGGCGCUGAAUUCAUCGUCGACUCGCUGAACGCCCUCAACCACC